AUGGCAGACCAGGGCAGCGUGGAGAAGUACCUGGAGAACAACCCGCAGUUCGCCAAAGAGUACUUUGACAAGAAGCUGCGCGCCGAGGCCCUGACCGCCGCCUUCUCCGCGCCUCUGGACGUCAAAGACACUGCUUCCUUCAAGGAUGUUAACUCCGUGCAGGAGGCCGCCAUCAUCUUCGAGCUGAUCCAGGAGCUGCAGAAGGUUGGGGAAGUGGAGAAGCCCCUGCACAAGGUGCUGCAGAGGGUCGCCCUGAUCCUGCAGGCGGACAGGGUCAGCUAUUACAUGUGUCGCUCUCGAAACGGAGUACCCGAGCUCGCCACCUCGCUGUUCGACGUGACCCCGACCUCCAAGUAUGAAGUCAACCUGGUGCACCCGCAGGGGGAGAUCGUGUUCCCCCUGGACAUGGGCAUCGUCGGGUUCACUGCGCUCAACAGGAAGCCCCAAAAUAUCCCGGACGUCUCAAAGAAUCCAAAGUUCUGUGACUUUGUGGACAAACAGACUGGAUACAAGACCAAGUGCAUGCUCACGUUCCCUCUCGUGGUGGAGAAGGAAUGUCUCGGAGUCGUCACGGCGCUGAACAAAAUAGGAGCCGAUAAGUUCACUCCCGAGGACGAGGCUCUCUUCCACAAAUACAUGAACUUUACCCAAGUCAUCGCCCUGCAGCACCACACAACCUACAUGUUCAACGUGGAGUCCAGGAGGAGUCAGGUUCUGCUCUGGUCGGCCAGUAAAGUGUUUGAGGAGCUGACGGACAUUGAGAGACAGUUCCACAAAGCGCUCUACACUGUUAGGGUCUAUCUAAAUUGUGAGCGAUACUCAGUGGGCCUGCUGGACAUGACCAAAGAGAAGGAAUUCUAUGAUGAAUGGCCGGUGAAACUGGGAGACGUGGAACCCUAUAAAGGUCCAAAGACACCAGACGGCAGGGAAGUCAUCUUCUACAAGAUCAUCGACUACCUCCUGGAGAGCAAAGAGGAAAUCAAAGUCAUACCUGGUCCACCUGCAGAUCACUGGGCUUUAGUCAGCGGCCUGCCGACCUACGUGGCGGAGAACGGCUUCAUUUGCAACAUGAUGAACGUGGCUGCAGACGACUUCUUCACUUUCCAGAAAGCGGCCGUGGACGACUCGGGUUUCGUCAUCAAGAACGUCCUGUCGCUGCCCAUCGUCAACAAGAAGGAAGAGAUCGUGGGCAUCGCCACUUUCUUCAACAGGAAAGAUGGAAAACCGUUUGACGAGCACGAUGAACAGAUCACCGAGGCCCUGACCCAGUUCCUCGGCUGGUCCGUGCUGGUCUGCGACACCUACGACCGGCUGAACCGAAUGGAGUACAGGAAAGACAUCGCCCAGGAGAUGCUCAUGUACCAGACCAGGUGCACCCCCGAGGAGAUGCAGUCCAUUCUGAACACCAAAGAAAAGUUCGACUCGGAGCCUGAAGACUGCGACCAGAAGGAGAUGUACAAACUGUUGAGGGCGACCUGCCCGGUGGCCAACAACGUCAAUGGGGAGGAUCUGUACAAGUUCUCCUUCAGCGACUUCCCCGUGUCCGAGCACGGCCUCAUCAAAGCCGGCAUUCGCAUGUUCUUCGAGCUCGGAGUGGUCGAGAAGUUUAAAGUUCCCGCGGAGACGCUGACAAGGUGGAUGUACACAGUGAGGAAGGGUUACCGUUCCAUCACCUACCACAACUGGAGGCACGGCUUCAACGUGGGCCACACCAUGUUCUGCCUGCUCCAGACAGGGAAGCUGAGGAAGUACUACUCUGAUCUAGAUGCCUUUGCCAUGGUGGCUGCUGCUUUCUGCCACGAUAUCGACCACAGAGGAACCAACAACCUCUACCAGACCAAGAGUCAACAUCCUCUGGCCAAACUUCACGGCUCCUCCAUCAUGGAGAGGCACCACCUGGAGUACAGCAAGACCCUCAUGGCGGAGGAGAGCCUGAACAUCUUCAGCGGCCUCCAGAAGCGUCAGUUCGAGAACGUGCAGCACUUGUUUGACGUCUGCAUCAUCGCCACGGAUCUGGCCCUUUACUUCAAGAAGAGAACCAUGUUCCAGAACAUCGUGAACGCCACCGAGCCGAUGGCGGAGGAAAAGGACGCCAUCGCCUACAUCUCCAACAACGCCACUAGGAAGGAAAUCAUCAUGGCCAUGAUGAUGACAGGCUGCGACUUGUCAGCUAUCACCAAACCCUGGGAGGUUCAGAGCAAGGUGGCGCUGAUGGUCGCUGCUGAGUUCUGGGAACAGGGCGAUUUGGAGAGAAGUGUUUUGGACCAACAGCCAAUCCCCAUGAUGGACAGAAACUGUUCCGAGCAGCUUCCCAAGAUGCAGUGCGGUUUCAUCGACUUUGUGUGCUCCUUUGUAUACAAGGAGUUCUCCAGGUUUCACAAAGAGAUCACGCCCAUGUUUGACGGCCUGAACCACAACAGGUCACAAUGGAACGCGCAGGCCGAGGUGUACAACGCCAAGAUGAAGGCCAUCGAGGACCAGAAGAAGAAACUGGAAGACGACGAAGCCAGGAAAUCCGGUGACGGGAAGUCAAAGACCUGCACCAUCUGCUGA